GAUACAGGGCUGGUCACACGAUUUUUAGAACGCUGCAAAUAUCGCACAGGGUUGAGAUCGACGGGAUUUCCUGUGGUAUUGCUGAGCUGCAGAAUUUUAGUUGAGGCUUGUAAAGUAUCUAGUCAGUGUCAUCUUUUCAGAUUUAAUGUCUUAAUCACGUAAUAUCUUCUGUGCGUGCCCUAGACUACAUCCAGAAGUAGCUAGCUAGCCAGAAAUAAAAAUGUCUGAACCCACGGUGGCCGACACUCGCCGGUUAAACUCAAAGCCCCAAGACCUCACGGAUGCUUACGGACCUCCGAGUAAUUUUCUGGAAAUUGACGUCUACGACCCCCAAACUAUUGGAGUUGGGCGGAAUCGUUUCACUACUUACGAAGUCCGAAUGAGGACAAACCUCCCCAUUUUCAAGUUGAAGGAGUCUUGUGUUCGAAGAAGGUACAGCGACUUUGAGUGGCUGAAAAAUGAGCUGGAAAGAGACAGUAAGAUUGUUGUGCCUCCUCUGCCUGGGAAAGCAUUGAAGAGACAGCUGCCCUUCCGUGGUGAUGAGGGAAUAUUUGAGGAGUCCUUUAUUGAAGAGAGACGAGUUGGACUUGAACAGUUCAUUAACAGAAUUGCUGGUCACCCCUUGGCCCAGAAUGAGCGCUGUCUUCAUAUGUUCCUGCAAGAGGAGAGCAUUGAUCGGAACUACAUCCCUGGAAAAGUACGGCAGUAGGGCUUUCCAAACUGGGACUCGGGGAGGGUCUUCUUUCUCCUGUUAUCAACUUCUAUUCCCACUCAUCUGCAGACAGUGCAGAGUAACAUUUAUUUUUACACCAAGUAAAUCUAGAUGCAUCAUAAACAAUGCAGGACUUGAAUAUAUUGGGCAGAUGAUGUUUUGUACACGUGUCUGAGAGUUGCUCUUUACACACACAGUGUAAUUUGUUUUAUUACAUCCAUGCAAUGUCCUUGUUAGAGCGUGCGUGUGCAUUAUAUGAUUAUACAUGAAAGCUGUAGCACUAAACAAAGAUGGUUGGCUCAUGUCUUUGUCCUCUCAGGCAGCUGUUAAGAGUCUAUACUAUGAGAAUGGAGAAUAUAUUCCAGGUGAAAUUCAGAAGUGCUUACUUUUCCUUCAGACAAACUUUCUAAUUUCAAUAUACCUGAUAAUCUUAAAAAGAUGUUUGUUGGUAGAACUGUACCAGCCAGUUAUGCUCUCAUUCACUGCGGUUCAAGGCCUUAGCAGAAUUUGCUAGAAGUAUAACAUGGUUAUUAUGUAUUGUAUUGUGAUACAUGCUGUAUCUGCACAUUCCUGAGGUCUAAAAUGCUUAUGAUAAUUGGCCAUACUUGCAUAGUGUUCUAGCUACAAAUCUAAUAAAAUGUAAGAGCUCUACAUUCUUCACACUACUGAUAAAGUCCAAGUAUUGUUUUAUGUCCAUUAGCUGGAGAGCAUGAAGAAGUGAAUGUACCCAUUCUGAUGUGGUGUCAGACUAGAGGUGCUUCAAGUACGCAGCAUAGGAGUUCCAUUACAUGAAAGAGAUUCAAACUCCACUCCCUAGAGGACAAAGUAUUUGCCAACUUUGUAAAAGUUGUCCUGCCAAAGUCGAGUCAUUUUCCUCAGAAUGACGCUAUAUUUAUGUUCUCUUCCUGUGUUAAUCAAUCUGUGCCUGUGACAUUUGUCUGUAAAUAAAGUAUAACAAAAUAGUGA